AUGGGUAACAAUGUCGGUGUUACAAUGGCAAUUAAUAUUGAUCGGCCUAAUCCUUUUUAUUACACUGAUGAAUGUGUAUCUGGAUCUGUGAAAUUCGAUAUUACCGAAAGUAAAUUAGAAGUAGAAGGAGUUUAUAUCACAUUAAUAGGUGUAAUUGGCUAUACAACAACUGUAUCGGUUGCAACUAGUGGAACUCAUGUAGGAAGACAAAUUGAAUAUCAUACUGCUCCGUUUUAUUCUGCUAAAGUUAUUUUGGCACAACUUGAACCAGAACAAAAAGAAUUAAUUUAUAAACAAGGACAAUAUUCAUGGCCAUUUCAAUUUCCAUUAACGACACAUCUUCCACCAACUUUUAAUCAACCUGAAAAAUAUCCUCAUAUUCGAUAUUAUCUAGAAGUUGUUAUUGAUAAACCAUGGUAUAAACCGAAUAAUAAACAAGGAAAACUUUUAACAAUAUUUCCACGUAUUAAUUUAUUAGAAAAUCCUCGAUGUUUAGUUCCAACUAUAUUUGGAAAUCAAAAUAGAAAAGAUAUAAAAUUAAAUGGAACUUUAAAUAAAUCAGGUUACGUUCCUGGUGAAUUAAUUGCUGUGACAUUAGAAAUUGAAAAUCCACAAAGAGUUUGUAUUCAACGUAUUGAUCUAUCAAUGUUACAAUCAUAUGACAUUAGAGAAAAUUCAAAUGAAUUUAAUAUAUUCAAAGCAACAUUACCCAAGAUUGUUAAUCGAAAAGAUGAACAAAUAAAUGAAACAGUUUCGAUACGCAUUCCUGUUGUUUCAUUACCUCCAUCAUAUCAAUUUCAAGGUCUUCAAACAGCUACUUAUGUUGAUAUUCAUUAUUUAUUGCAGUUCGAAGUCAAAGUCGAAGGAAUGUUUACUAAUUUCGAGAUUAAAGUACCAAUUACAUUAGGUACAAAAUCCAUCUCUGAUCAAGCUCAUCAACAAGCACUUAAUCCUUUGAAUAACCCUAGUUCUUCCGAUAUCGAACAAUCGAUGUUUUCUACUGAUACUGAACCACCACCACCAAGCUAUGAAUUUGUUGUACAAAAUAUGAAUAAUUUUACUGUUUUUUAA